UUCUAUUCCCACACAGCAUUUUCUAUUGGUUUUUUUUUCUUUGAAUAAACAAAACGUUCAAAUUCACACACCCCAAGAAGAAAAGGCUUUGCUUGCAGUUGCAGAUUCUCUUACUCGUUCAGUCUCCAGCUAUUAAUACUGAAACACUCUCUCUCUCACAGAAAAGGUCCUUGCUUUAUCACUGUCUCUCACUUGGGGUGUUUCAUUUCCUUCACCCAGCUGAAACUACUGAAAGGGAAAGUCUUGGACUUGAGAAUGGAGCAUGUGGGUUGGUGAAGAAUUGCUGUUGUUCAUUCUUGAAGGGGUGGCUUUGGAUCCAACUGGGUCUUCAGGUUUUGUGCUUUUGUGUCCCUAGAAACCAUGAUGGGGAACAUAAAUGUGGUACAUUUGGUGGUGUUUUCGUUGGGGGUGUUGCUACCUUGCUUGUGUCAAGGUGAUUCAGAUGAUGCAACUACUGCUGUGUAUGUUGUUACUCUGAGACAUGCUCCUGUUUCUCAUUACUAUGGUGAGUUGAGAAGAGAGGUCAAUGGCUUCAAAGAUGAUGCUGCUCCUACUCCUGGCAGAACUCAAUUUCACAAACCAAAAGGGUAUGACAACACUACAAAGACAGAUAAGAGAUAUGGCUCUUACAUUUCCCGAGUUCACGAUUCUUUGUUGAAGAAAGUGUUAAAAGGAGAGAAAUAUCUGAAGCUCUAUAGCUACCAUUACCUGAUAAACGGAUUUGCAGUGCUGGUUACCCAACAACAGGCAGAGAAGCUAUCAAGGAGCGGUGAAGUGUCCAAUGUGGUUUUGGAUUUUUCUGUCAGGACUGCGACUACACAUACGCCACAGUUUUUGGGUCUGCCACAGGGAGCAUGGUUUCAAGAUGGCGGGUUUGAAACCGCUGGAGAAGGUGUUGUUAUUGGAUUUAUUGAUACUGGCAUAGAUCCAACACAUCCUAGUUUUGGUGAUAAUAAUUCUGAACAUCCAUAUCCUGUUCCUCCUCAUUUUUCUGGCAUCUGUGAGGUUACUCGCGACUUUCCAUCUGGUUCUUGCAAUAGGAAGCUUGUCGGGGCUCGUCAUUUUGCAGCUUCUGCCAUAACCAGAGGAAUAUUUAACUCAACUCAGGACUAUGCUUCUCCCUUUGAUGGUGAUGGCCAUGGCACGCAUACAGCGUCUGUUGCAGCAGGAAACCAUGGGAUUCCAGUUAUUGUUGCUGGGCAUCACUUUGGGAAUGCUAGUGGGAUGGCUCCUCGUUCACACAUUGCUGUUUACAAGGCAUUAUACAAGAGCUUUGGAGGAUUUGCCGCAGAUGUUGUUGCAGCUAUUGACCAGGCAGCUCAGGAUGGGGUUGACAUAAUAAGCUUGUCAAUUACUCCUAAUAGACGUCCUCCCGGUGUUGCAACGUUCUUCAAUCCAAUAGACAUGGCAUUGCUGUCAGCUGUGAAGGCUGGUAUUUUUGUAGUGCAAGCAGCAGGAAAUACUGGACCAUCACCAACAAGCAUGUUCUCCUUCAGUCCAUGGAUCUAUACUGUUGGUGCUGCUUCUCAUGACCGAGUUUAUAGCAACUCCAUAUUUCUUGGAAAUAAUGUGACCAUACCCGGGGCAGGUCUUGCACCUGGCACAGAUGAAAGCAAACUUUAUAAACUGAUUCAUGCACAUCAUGCUUUGAGCAAUGACACAACGGUUGCUGAUGAUAUGUAUGUUGGUGAGUGCCAAGAUGCAAGUAAGUUCAAUAAGGAUUUGAUCAAGGGGAACCUCUUGAUGUGUAGCUAUUCAAUUCGAUUUGUGCUGGGACUCUCCACCAUCAAACGGGCCUCAGAAACAGCCAGAAACCUUAGUGCAGCUGGUGUUGUCUUCUAUAUGGAUCCCUUUGUGAUUGGUUAUCAGCUUAGCCCCGUUCCAAUGAAAAUGCCUAGCAUAAUAAUUGCUUCCACAAAUGAUUCCAAGGUUUUAAUGCAAUACUACAAUUCUUCGUUGGAAAUAGAUGCAGUUUCAAAGAAAAUUGUUAAAUUUGGGGCUGUAGCCGGAAUCUGUGGUGGACUAAAAGCGAACUACAGCAGUGUUGCCCCAAAGGUUAUGUAUUACUCUGCCAGAGGACCAGAUCCUGAGGACAGUCUUCCUCACCAAGCUGACAUUUUGAAACCCAACUUGUUAGCUCCUGGAAAUUUAAUAUGGGCUGCUUGGAGUUCUGCUGGCACCGAUUCUGUUGAAUUCCUAGGUGAGAAUUUUGCAUUGAUGUCUGGCACAAGCAUGGCUGCACCACAUGUUGCUGGUCUUGCUGCACUAAUUAGGCAAAAGUUUCCCAAUUUCAGUCCUGCAGCCAUUGGAUCUGCACUUUCUACUACAGCUUCUCUGUAUGACAAGAGUGGUGGGCCAAUAAUGGCUCAGCGAUCAUAUGCCUCUCCAGAGCUAAACCAGUCUCCCGCGACCCCUUUUGACAUGGGAAGUGGUUUCGUGAAUGCAAGUGGAGCACUGAAUCCUGGUUUGAUUUUUGAUUCUGGUUAUGAUGAUUACAUGUCAUUUCUAUGUGGUAUCAAUGGUUCAGCUCCUGUGGUGCUAAACUACACGGGUCAAAAUUGCGGACUUUAUAACUCUACAGUCUACGGUCCUGAUCUGAACUUGCCCUCUAUCACCAUAUCAAAGCUAAACCAAUCUAGAACAGUGCUGAGGACAGUCCGAAACAUUGCCCAAAAUGAAUCUUACAGUGUUGGUUGGACUGCUCCUUCUGGGGUUUCAGUGAAAGUGUCUCCAACUCACUUCUGCAUUGCCAAUGGUGAGAGACAGGUCUUGUCUGUGCUCUUGAAUGCAACCCUUAACAGCUCUGUUCCCAGCUUUGGGAGAAUUGGGCUGUUUGGGAAUCAAGGUCAUGUUGUCAACAUUCCUCUUUCAGUCAUGGUUACAAUCUCAUCUAACACCACUACCAGCUAACAAGGAUGCCUUUUGUUCUAGUUAAAGUAAAUUCAUUUUGGGACAAAACUUUGAUGCAGUGUUUUAGGUGCUUUUAGUGGUGUUCUCGGAUCAGAGUUUUACCUUAGUAAUCUGCUAAAUAAGAAUUUGCAUUCAAUGUCAACAUAGAUUACUGAGGAGAAACUCAAAUGUCAACAUACUAAAGUUACCUAAUAAAUUGUAUCUUAGUUUUGUUCUUCAUUUUGAUUUUGAUGUGUUUUUAAGUUUUUUUCUUUUGUAAUUUUUUUGGCUUUUCUUGGGUCCCAAGAUGUAUUGGCUAUUUUUUCAUUCAUUAUAUGUAAAGAAGUCAAGAUUCUCUUUGUAUAGAUAGUUAUAGAUGUGAUCAGUCCUUGAUUAUUGUCAACUUUUUCUUGC